AUGUUGUAUAAUAAAUUUGGAACAAAAAAUAAUAAAAAUAAUAAAAUUUUUUCAUUAAGACAAAGAUUUUCUUAUAAUAUUUCUAAACCUUUAACACAAGAUUCUACAAUGCAGUUAGACUAUUCUUUCAUAUAUUCUUCAGAUGAACCAAUGAAGUAUUAUGAAGAAUCUAAUGAACAUUCUUUUGAGAAAGACAAUAUUAGUUACCAUGAUAAGUCUGCUAUAUAUUCUUCAGAAGAAUUAGAUGAAGAUAUAAAUUCUUUUGAAAAUGAAUUUUUUGAAGAUAUUGCUGACAAAGCUUUAGAUUUGAAUAAAUUGUCACAAAAUAUUAGUGAGUUUUCACUAUAUUUUGAAAAUACAACUACUGCAUUAAUGUUUAGUUGA